AUGGCGCCGUGGGUGCCUACAUUCACAUCGGCGCUUGAGGCCGAAGCCGCCGCCAGAGACCAUAAACCGCCAUUCACAACGUUCCAGUUUGCUUCGGUCGAUAAGGACGGGUUCCCAAAGAACAGAACUUUGGUCCAUAGAGGCAGUCUAUUCGAUAACAGUGGGAAUAAUGUGAUGCUUUUUUGCACAGACAAGCGGAUGGAUAAGUACGGCGAGCUUAUGAACAACGACAAGUUUGAAGCGGUGUACUACUUUGAAAAAAUCCGUAAACAGUUCAGGUUCCGUGGCAGAGCUCGUCUUCUCGACCAGGAACAUCAACCAGUCAUAGAUGUGACAAGCAUCCAACCUAGAAACAUCAUUCUGAGCAGCCUCAAUACUCUGAGCGACGAAGGCUCCGAGGAUGAAGAAGACGACGGAGAGGCCUUGGAAUUGGCCGUGGGAAAUAAGCAGCAUGAAAAGCUUCAUAGCAACGGCACGCUGCUGAACCCUCAACAACAGCCUAUGAGCUACCCAUUGGUGUCGCCAGUCAUUUGUCUGAAGCUCGCCAACGAACAGCAGAACCUUGCUGUGUCAUAUCCAAACUUGCAAGAUCUUUCUCAUAUUGAGUUUCUGCCGCCUACGAAAGAAGAUUGGGAUGCAGAGUUGCUCAGAGUGUGGAAUGAUCUUUCUAAAGGACUCAAACUGUCCUUCCGUCGUCCAGCACCAAAGCUGAUGUUGGAUGAGGAAAAGCAAAAUUCUAUUGAUAAAAUCAGCAGAGGCGUGGAUGGUAAGGGCGAAGACAGUGGGCUUAAAAACUUUGCUGUGGUUGCAAUGUUCAUCGAAGCCGUGGACUACUACGAAAUGGAAAAGGACAGACGGUACAUUUACGAGAAGGACGACUCCCAUUUGUGGAGUGAACAGGAGGUGUGUCCAUGA